AUGGCGGCCGUCUCCUCCACCUCCACCGCCUACUUCUCCACGCAGCCGCAGCUGCCGACCUCCACCGCCGACCCUACCGCCGAGGCCGCCAGCAGCAGCCUGGUGCGGCAGCCACGGCGGAGCAGCAGCUUCGUGAUGGUGGAGGCGUCCUCUGCCAGCGGCAGCCACGGCGGGGUGGCCAGGACGAAGAGCCUCACGGAGGACGACCUGGAUGAUCUCAAGGGCUGCCUCGACCUCGGCUUCGGCUUCGCGUACAGCGAGAUACCCGAGCUCUGUGGGACGCUGCCCGCGCUCGAGCUCUGCUACUCCAUGACCCGGAGGUUCCUCGACGAGCAGAGGCCGCCCGGGCAGGAGCUGGAGGAGGAGCCUGCGUCGCCGCCGCUCCCCAAUUGGAGGAUCUCUGGACCGGGUGACGAUCCAGAGGAAGUGAAGGCCAGGUUGAAGUAUUGGGCUCAAGCAGUAGCAUGCACUGUCAAGCUCUGCAGCUAA